AUGACCGAGGCAAAGACUGAGCAACGCAUGAUCAAGAUCUCGUCUUCGGACAACGAAACUUUCACUGAAAACCCAUUCAAACGUCGAAUUUGUGAAGUGUUUUCGGAAGAUGGACGAGGAAAUUUAUCGUUCGACGACUUUCUGGAUAUGUUUUCAGUCUUCUCAGAAAUGGCUCCGCUCCAGUUGAAACUGAAAUAUGCUUUCAGAAUUUACGACUACGAUGGAGACGAAUUGCUGGGUCACGACGAUUUAAGCAAAAUGAUUCGAAGCUUAACGAGAGAUGAGCUGAGCGAUGUAGAAGUCGAAUUCAUUAUUGAGAGAAUAAUUGAAGAAGCUGAUUUGGAUGGAGAUUCCAGCAUUAACUUUGCCGAAUUUGAGCAUGUUGUUUCACGAUCACCUGAUUUUAUUAGAACUUUUCAUAUCAGAAUCUGA